CGGCGCGGGGCGCUGGGGCUGGGCGUCGGCGAUGCUGGAGAAUGGCUCCCUGAGGAACUGCUGCGACCCGGGCGGGAGAGGCCGCUUCGGCUUGGCGGAGCGGGAGGCGGCGGGUGCCCCGCGGCCCGCCUGGGUGGUGACGGUGCUCUCCAGCGUGCUGAUCUUCACCACCGUGGUGGACAUCUUGGGCAACCUGCUGGUCAUCGUCUCGGUCUUCAAGAACCGCAAGCUCCGGAACUCAGGUAAUGCAUUUGUGGUGAGCCUAGCUUUGGCUGAUCUGGUGGUAGCCGUGUAUCCAUACCCACUGGUGCUCUUCGCUAUUUUCCACAAUGGAUGGACGUUGGGUGAAAUGCACUGUAAAGCGAGUGGCUUUGUGAUGGGACUAAGUGUAAUAGGCUCUAUUUUCAACAUCACUGCAAUUGCAAUAAACCGAUAUUGCUAUAUAUGUCAUAGUUUUGCCUAUGACAAAGUGUACAGCUGUUGGAACACGAUGCUGUAUGUCUCCUUAGUCUGGGUAUUAACAGUAAUUGCAACUGUGCCAAAUUUCUUUGUUGGCUCUUUAAAAUAUGAUCCACGCGUCUAUUCAUGCACAUUUGUUCAGACUGCAAGCUCCUACUAUACGAUAGCUGUUGUGGUAAUUCACUUCAUCGUCCCUAUCACCAUUGUGAGCUUCUGCUACCUUCGAAUUUGGGUUUUAGUGCUUCAAGUUAGAAGACGAGUCAAGUCAGAAACAAAGCCAAGACUGAAGCCAAGUGACUUCAGAAACUUUCUUACCAUGUUUGUGGUUUUUGUCAUUUUUGCCUUUUGCUGGGCACCUCUAAACUUCAUUGGACUGGCUGUAGCCAUCGAUCCUAUGGAAAUGGCACCAAAAGUUCCUGAAUGGUUAUUCAUCACAAGCUACUUCAUGGCCUAUUUCAACAGCUGCCUUAAUGCAAUAAUAUAUGGACUUCUUAACCAGAAUUUUAGGAAUGAAUACAAACGAAUUUUAAUGUCACUGUGGAUGCCAAGGCUUUUCUUCCAGGACACAUCCAAAGGAGGAACUGAUGGUCAGAAGAGCAAACCCUCUCCUGCGUUAAACAACAAUGACCAAAUGAAAACUGAUACCUUGUAAAUGUGUAAUAGUCAAUGCAAGAGUUUGUCAUGGUGAAACUCAAGAAUACAGUUGUAAUGUUCUGGUCAUUCUUGCUUACUUUUGGGGGCUUUCCAUUUGGAUGGCACUUUGUGACUGGAAUACAGGCUUCUUCAUAAAGCACAUUGCUCUCAAUUAAUGAUUUAUACAAGAUAUCAACUGAAAAUGCAUUUCAGAAUUAAAGCAGCAGGUGAGUGCAAGCUGUUUUAGUUCUGAGAGCUGAAUUCUGCUCCCAGACAUAUGAAUGAGGCAUUUUUUUACUUCAGUGGGAAUUUUGCAUUCUUUAUACAAGAUCAGGAUUCAGUUCUUAGAAGAGGUAGUGAAGGUACUUGUCUAUGGGGCACAGCAGCUCAUCAAGGCUGAGUAGUGAUAUUUUCCUCCUUCCUGUAUCUGAACAAAGAGGGUGAAGCAGAUACUCUGUUUUCCACACAUAAGCCAAACAUCACAUUUCUGUGCAGGUACUGGUGGCAGUAGUAUCUUUGAAUCAAACUUGUAAAUUAGAGAGAAGAAUAUUUGUGUAAAAGCAAAUAUUAACAUUAGAGCUUUUCCUCACAGGUUUUUCAUACUUACAUACACUGAGAUUGGGAACACAGUGUAUUUACUGUGUUCAUCUUUUGUGGUCGAUUUUAUGGCAGAUAAUAUGAUACAAAUCAUUGAUUUAUUACACAUUUACUUUACACAAUAUUCUUCCUUUAGAGAGGAUUGAAUUUUCAUCGUGCUCCAUUUAUUUACCUAAAUAUAUACAUCCAAUGUCAUUUGAUGCACUUUAGCACACUUUACACAUUUGCAACAGGCUGGAAAUUAUGGCAUAUGACCUGUGAUCAUCUGGAGUGGCAGGAUAUCCUAGAUCAUCUCAAAUGAUGCUAGACGGAAAGAAGCAGCCCUUUUGACUAUAAUGGCAGUUGAGAUUCUUGCCUCACAUGUCUACAUCUAAUCUUGAACAAAAUCCGCUGUUGGUAUCUAAUCUAAGAUAACCUUCAAGGUUCCCUAUAGUGGAGAUAUGUUUCCUUUCAUCUGUGAUGAUAAACACGCAUCCAAGGAUGAGAUGAAUUGCUUUGUGGAGGUACUGGUCUCCUUUCAUUGACUUCAGAAGAAGUUUUGAUUACUAGUUCAAACACCUUGCUUUGGACAUCUAGAUGGGGAUUUAUCUUGCCUAAUUUGGGAUGUCACCAGCGUAGAUAUUUGCACAUGAUUUAUUUUCUAAAUUCCCACUGUAGACCAUGGAGUUCUAGGAAAUGCUUUAUCUUUUUCUUGAAACUGUCAUCUUUAUGGAUCAGGGGAACUGCUUGAGAGAACUCACUAACUGUAUCUUCAUUGACUGUAAUGGAGAUCAGGCAGCUCAUGUGGACACAUUUCAGGCAAAGAUAGGUAAUCUUAAUCCUAUAACUAGCGUACUUACAGUUCAUGUUUUCACAGUUCAUAAAAUAAAAGGAUGAUAUUCCAUCUUCUUUUCAAACUCAGCUCAAAUUCAAACUGUAUUUCUCCUUUUUCAGGUACUAUAUUGUAACAGUGACCGUAGAGAUCAGAUUACAAUCAUCUGGGUUAUACCCCACAGUAUCAUAGUAAUGUACACAAUGUGGUUUGUAUUAUCUCUAAAUCAGAUUAGGGAUCUGUGUGCAAACACAGUCAAUUAAGUUAUUUUAUCAUUAGACCUGAAAUGCACAUUACUGUUAGUAGCGCUGUUCAGGGGAAAGGAGAUAGGCCUCUGGUAAAUCCAUGUCAGGUAUUGAAAUACGAAAAGGAGGAAUUCAGGUUGCUAUUACAUUCUAGUUUGGGUUUUCUGACCUUGCUAUUAUGAAAAAUAUUUCUGUAGUAAUGUUAAUUUUUACAGCCAAUAUACUGCUCCUGAAGCCAUAAAGACGUAUUAAACAUCACCCUUAUGUUGCUAUACUUAUAGAAAAACAUCAAAGAACCACAGUAUUUUAAAUGUUUUAUUUGCUUCCCAAAAGUCAAUGUAAAGUACAGUAAAGUAACAAAUGUGAUGAUUCUUCUAGCUUCUUUCAUGUUCUUCAGAUAGUUUCUGAUAGUCUCUGAAGUUCAGUACCCUAGGACUCAAAGUAGUAGCCUGAUGAAAGCUGAAAACUUUGUGAACAGGGGUAAGAAAGAGAUGGGACAAAUUUAACCUGGUGGUAGAUAAUAAAAAUAUUGCAGCUAAAAAUAGCAAUCAUUAAUAUGUAGGUUCUACUUGGAACAUAAUUUUGUAAGUCUGACACAGUUUUCAUAUGUAUUGUCUUUCUUCAUGACUUCCACACAAAGGUACAGAACACAGAACUAAUAUACAUGUAUAUUUACAUGUGAAACUUCCCUCAAAGUAAAUAAGGAGUUUCAAGAUUCUGGAAAACUUGCAGGAAAGUACAUCAAGUUUGCUUCAUUGAAAAUCCUGCCUUGUCUGACAUCUAUGAGUACUCAAAAUUGUGACUUGAAAGUCAAAAUUUAUUGUCUGACUUGUAGAUGAACUAGUAUUAGAAGUAAAUCCAUUGACCUUGGUUUAUCGCUUGCUGACAUGACUCAGAAUAGAGUCCAGAAUUUGGAUCAAAUUCCCAUUAUUGUUUUAGCUCCAUAAAACAAAUAUAAACAUUGGAACCACUUGCUUGGCCAUAAAAGUGAGCAGCUAUCAUUCUGCAUAUUCAUGGGAAGAAGAUUUGAAAUUUUUAGGAAGUCAUUUUACAAAUUACCUCUGCACUUUAAAAAUUAAAGAUCACUUUUAAGAAUCCUUGUGCUGGUAUCUCAACUAUCCUAAAUGAAGCUCACACAAGUAAUAAAAUAGAAACAUAGAAUCAUGGAAUGGUUUGGGUUGGAAGGGACCUUAAAGAUCAUCCAGUUCCAACCCCCCUGCCAUGGGCAGGGACACCUUCCACUGGACCAGGUUGCUCAAAGCCCCAUCCAACCUGGCCUUGAACACUGCCAGGGAUGGGGCAGCCACAGCCUCUCUGGGCAACCUGUUCCAGUGCCUCACCGCCCUCACAGUGAAGAACUUCUUCCUUGCAUCUAAUCUAAAUCUACCCUCUUUCAGUUUAAAGCCAUUGCCCCUUGUCCUAUCACUACAUGCCCUUGUAAAAAGUCCCUCUCCGGCUUUCCUGUAGGCCCCCUUUAGGUACUGGAAGGCUGCUGUAAGGUCUCCCCAGAUCCUUCUCUUCUCCAGGCUGAACAACCCCAACUCUCUCAGCCUGUCUUCAUAGGAGAGGUGCUCCAGCCCUCUGAUCAUCUUCAUGGCCCUCCUCUGGACUUGCUCCAACAGGUCCAUGUCCUUCUUAUGCUGGGGACCCCAGAGCUGAACACAGUAAUGCAUUGUUCAAAGAAAGAAGUGUUCCAAAAUUUGAUCCUUCCUCACAAAUGAUGGAAAAAUUUUGGAAUGGUGCUAAAUUAUUAGGUGUGGAUUCUACCACCACCACCACACUUCCUGAAUGGGAUCCUGCUCUGCAUGGUGUCUGCAAAUCCAAUGUAGCUAUUUGGUGUGGCAGGUACUGCUACUUAUUGAGUCCUGAGGUACAGACAAUAACUCAUGCCUGUUAAAGUAAGUUUUUAUACCAUAUAUUAUUACAAAGCAUUGCCUUUGAGUUGACCUGGAAAUCAAUCAAAUUCAUAAAUUUAAAUUUACCUGGAAAUCAAUCAAAUAAAUACAUAAAAUUUUUAUUAAUUUAGAUGACUAAAUGCAGCUUUUGCGUUAUUAAACCUCUUCAUGUAGCAAUAUUUUAUUUCACCAUAUAGUAAUGUAUCCAUCUACCUACAUCAAAAGCCUUAAAUUAAUUUUCUCCCUUCUCUUAUAAUAAUUCAAACUCCAUUUUUCCUCAAUUUACAUUUGAAAAAAAAAUUAUAAAUGCAAUUUAAAAUGUAACUAACCAUCAAGAUAGAGGAUAUGAUUAUAACAUGGUUUGAAAGUAUAGUCAGGAAGAACAUAUCAGCUCCGUACAGAUUUAUGCAUCCUUGAGGAAAUUAUUAUUUCCAUUAUAUAAAAGUAUUUAUAACAGCAUAUCAGAUAUAGACACUUCAAGAAAAAGGAGGAAGGAAGUCAGGUAGACCCUGUGUUAUGCACAAGGUAACUAGUGAAGGCAAAACUAGGGCCUCAGGGACAAAGUCUGUUUCCAGAAAAUUUGGAAUGUUUUCAAGCAUUUAAUGCUAUAUUGAUUAAAGUGUUGUAUUUUCUGUUUAUUAAAAGAAAUAAAUGUGUUCUAGAAUUGGUCUUACAAUAGAACUCUGAUUAGAAAAAGCUUACCAUCACAUAGAUGGGUGAAGACCACUUGUAAAUUCUAUUUCAGUAAAGAGGGAAGUGGAGGUGAGACUGAAGCGAUGCAUUAACCUUAUCCUAUCUCUCUGUGCAAGUGACAAUUUCACUCUCAAGGAAGAAUUAAAACUAAAGAUUCAGUCCUAUUACUGAUUACUUCAGUGAGAUCAGGUUUUCAAAUCAAAUUAUUGACUGAAUAGAAUAAUUCUGCCUGGCUCAGUCUCAGGGGCAGAAAUGCACUUCUGUCUCUCCACUUCUUCCUUUGAGAACACAUUUAGAUAAAAAUAAUUGCUUUUAUUUCUGACUUGUAUUUUUAAAGAACUGCACAAGUCUGGGAAUUUGCCAAUGAAUAAAUAUCUACGGAAGAUAUUCACGUCACAUAUCUGCUGUUCCUUGGAGCACAGGUAGUUUUUUCAUCAGUCAUCCUGGUCAAAGGGAAGGGGUGUGAAAGGGCCAGUCGAAUCUGGCGAAUCAACAAAUGGUUAUGGGACUAAUGCCACAGCCAGGGGUUUGGCUACUUAGACCAUGGAAGUCCCUUUGAGAAACCUGGUCUGCUGGGGGCUGACAGGGUCCAUCUGUCAGAGAAGAGGAAGAGCAUCUUCGGUCAUAGACUUGUCAAGCUAGUGAAGAGGGCUUUAAAAGAACACUGCUGGGGGAGGGGAACCUCAAUCCAUCCCACUCCUGCCAGUUUGAUGCCAGUGCCAGCAAUAGAUGCCUGGAGCCUGGAGAAGAAUCACAGGUCAGCAGGAGAGCACCUGAAGAGCCGCACAGAGGAAUCCCAGCCACUCCAGCCAGAAAGUCAGCUUCAUCAAGGGCAGCCUUGGCUGCAGUGACCAUGAAAUGGUGGAGUUCAAGACCCUUAGGGCAGCGAGGAGAGCACACAGCAAGCUCGCUACCCCGGACUUCAGGAGAGCAGACUUUGGCCUGUUCAGAGAUCUGCUUGGUAGAGUGCCAUGGGAUACAGCCCUGGAGGGAAGAGGGGCCCAAGAAAGUUGGUGAAUAUUCAAGGAUCACUUCCUACAAGCUCAGGAGCAAUGCAUGCCAGCAAAGUGGAAGUCAGGCAAAAACGCCAGGAAGCCUGCAUGGAUGAACAAGGAGCUCCUGGACAAACUCAAACAGAGAAAGAAAGCCUACAGAGGGUGGAAGCAAGGACAGGUAGCCUGGGAGGAAUGCAGAGAAAUUGUCUGAGCAGCCAGGGAUCAGGUUAGGAAAGCUAAAGCCCUGACAGAAUUAAAUCUGGCCAGGGACGUCAAGAGCAACAAGAAAAGCUUCUAUAGGUACAUCAGUGAUAAAAGGAAGACUAGCGAAACUGUGGACCCUCUCUGGAAGGAAAUGGGAGACCUGGUUACCAAGGACGUGGAGAAGGCUUGAGGUACUCAAUGACUUUUUCGCCUCAGUCUUCACAGGCAAGUGCUCCAACCACACUGCCCAAGUCGCAGAAGGCAAAGGCAGGGACUGGGAGAAUGAAGAACCACCCACUGUAGGAGAAGAUCAGGUUCAAGACCAUCUAAGGAACCUGAAGGUGCACAAGUCCAUGGGACCUGAUGAGAUGAAUCCGUGGGUCCUGAGGGAACUGGCAGAUGAAGUGGCUAAGCCACUAUCCAUCGUAUUUGAGAAGUUGUGGCGGUCUAGGGAAGUUCCCACUGACUGGAAAAGGGGAAACAUAACCCCCAUUUUUAAAAAGGGAAAAAAGGAAAACCCGGGGAACUACAAGCCAGUCAGUCUCACCUCUGUGCCCACCAAGAUCAUGGAGUGGAUCCUGCAGGAAUCUAUGCUAAGGCACAUGGAAAAUAAGGAGGUGAUUGGUGACAGCCAACAUGGCUUCACCAAGGGAAAAUCAUGUCUGACAAAUGUGGUGGCCUUCUACAACAGGGUUAGAGCGUUGGUGGAUAGGGGAAGA